GAUCCAGGUUUUCAAGUUUGUUAGGGGAUUUAAUGCAAAUCAAUAUGCAAAUCGAGAGCAUUGAGAGAAAAAAAAUCCAGUCCUUUCUCCGGUCACACACAGGUUAGCUAAUGUGGAGCUCGCCCAGAUGCUCCGCAGCACCAGCUCAAGGGGAAGGGCCAGGAGGAGGGCAGUCCCGGGGGCGGGACCAUGACGUUAAGGUCAAGGCGGGGCUUCCUCUCGUUCCUCCCCGGGCUGCGGCCGCCGCGGCGGUGGCUCCGCAUCUCCAAAAGGGGCCCUCCGACUUCUCACUGGGCCAGUCCGGCGCUGGGUGGCAGAACUCUACACUACUCCCGCCGGUCUCAGAGCGGGACUCCCUUCUCUUCAGAGUUUCAAGCAACUUUCCCCGCCUUUGCAGCUAAAGUGGCUCGGGGACCGUGGCUGCCGCAGGUGGUAGAGCCCCCGGCCCGGCUCUCUGCAUCUCCGCUGUGCGCUCGCGCUGGGCAAGCCCUCGGUGCGUGCACCCUGGGGAUCCCCCGCCUCGGCUCUGUGGGCGAGAUGCCUCUGGGACACAUCAUGAGGCUGGAUCUGGAGAAGAUCGCCCUGGAGUACAUCGUGCCCUGUCUGCACGAGGUCGGCUUCUGCUACCUGGACAACUUCCUAGGCGAGGUGGUGGGCGACUGCGUACUGGAGCGAGUCAAGCAGCUGCAUUACAACGGGGCCCUGCGUGACGGCCAGCUGGCGGGGCCCCGCGCCGGCGUCUCCAAGCGGCACCUGCGAGGCGACCAGAUCACGUGGAUCGGGGGCAACGAGGAGGGCUGCGAGGCCAUCAACUUCCUCCUGUCCCUCAUCGACAGGCUGGUCCUGUACUGCGGGAGCCGGCUGGGCAAAUACUAUGUCAAGGAGCGGUCCAAGGCGAUGGUGGCUUGCUAUCCAGGAAAUGGAACAGGUUAUGUUCGUCAUGUGGACAACCCCAAUGGAGAUGGCCGCUGUAUCACCUGUAUCUACUACCUGAAUAAGAAUUGGGAUGCCAAGUUACACGGAGGGGUCCUGCGGAUAUUUCCAGAAGGAAAAUCAUUUGUAGCAGACGUGGAGCCCAUUUUUGAUAGACUUCUGUUCUUCUGGUCAGACCGCAGGAAUCCACACGAAGUUCAGCCCUCCUAUGCCACCAGGUACGCCAUGACUGUCUGGUACUUCGAUGCUGAAGAAAGGGCAGAAGCCAAAAAGAAAUUCAGGAAUCUAACUAGAAAAACUGAAUCUGCUCUUGCUAAAGACUGACGGUGGUGUGAAGUCCGCUGGCCGCAUUCGUUUAGUGACAGUUCCUGAAAUGUUAAGUGUCAAGAUCCAAAGACUCUGUCCAGUCCCCUGCCUACCGCCUGCAUCGUUUGGUUCCCUACCUUGUUUGUGGUACUUCGUGUUUUCUUGCUGGGAAUGCGUUGCCCUCCAGACACUCUCUUUGCCGGAUGAACUCAUUUGCUAACUCCAGAAACACCUGCAGACAUCCUAGCUGGCCAGCGGUUGAACGGAUAGAUCUGGGAAUGCGGCUGUUCAGCCCAGGAUUAACUCGUGUUCGCACUUUAUGCAUACUUCCUGGUCUGAUAGGAGGAGGUUUGCGAAGAAAUAAACCGGUGACAGAUGCCACAAAGAGGCACCCUUGAAACCCUAACAGCAAGAAAGAGACAGAUCUGAACGAUUUCCAGAUGUUGUUAACCCGAGACUGGACGAUUAUGGACGACCUGAUGACAUUAUCGCCUCUAGAAAGGGCUGCUGUCAUAGCGAUCGAUUUAUAAGUGUCCCACGGUGGAUGCUCCUUUUUCCUGGUCCUACAACCUGUUCUUUCUGAAGGUCAUUGCUAAAUCGAUGGCUCCCUUGUCGAACACGACCCUAGCCUGUAUGCUCCGUUUUUACUUCUUAUUUGGGGAACCUAAUUAUCCAGAGAAUAAAACUCGCCAGGUAGUUUGGGUUGUUUUUCUGGUACUGAAAUGUGAAGUUAAAUGAGAGGACAGGAAGCGUCCUGGUAAUUUAGCUUCUGCUAACUGUGGGAAGAGCAAAGCCUAGCGGUAUGCGAUGACCACGAGUACAGUGAGCAGUUCGAGAGGGAGAUGUGGUUGGAAGUGCAGACAGCCCCCUUUCAUCAUGUUCCCUUUAACUGUUCUUCGUUCACGGCUAAGAACAGCGUGUUGUACUCUUAAAAGAUAUGGAAAUAAAAAGACCUCAAAGCUAUCGGAGUUCUCCCACAUUGUCUGCUCUGCCAGCCUCGCUUUAGCCGUCUUGAUCCUUGAGAGCAACUGGUUGGUAGUGCAGCCAGUGUUGUGGAAUUUCCUAGAACUGUGGGAGGUUCUCCUGCUGCAGGAUGCAGGUGCCGCUUCCCCCAGAACUCUGUACGAAACACCCAUUUUACGGAAGUUAGCCAUCCUAGUUUUCGCUGCUACUUCCCCAUCUUUCGAACCUCUUUAAUUUCCUUGCUAGAAUCCCACAAGCAGCACAGAUCCGAGAGUGUUUUAUUUCAUCGUGUUCAGCCAUGCAGACUUUCCAAGAAAGAAGUUGAUACUUUUCCUUUUUUUUUGGAAAGUGUCCAGGAAGAACUGUCAUUCCUUCCCCCAUGGCUCUGUUUUGUUUUAUUUCCCACCUUCUAACUUACAAUGUCAUUUCCUUAUUUAUUAUGUUUAUUGUCUUGUAGCCUAUGAUGUCUAGAGUGUUAAACACAACGAAGGCAGGGAUUUUGUACGUUUUUGAUCCAUGCAGCAUGUUCCCAGCACCUAAGCUAACAUACAGCAAGCAACGGCUUACCAAACACAUGUUCAAUAAACUCAGUCGCCUCUGUAA